AUGGCGGACAACGACCCUCAGAGCGCCAGGGAGCUCUCUCAGUUCGUGAGUGCUGGACGCUGCCUCGCACUUGGCGGCGCCUCUCGGGGCUGCGUGGGUUUUAGCCCAAAGGCUGCGCCUCCCUCACGAAAUGUGUCGCUGCGUGGAGUGAGGGGACGGGUCUCGUCGUUGUUUUGGCAAUAAAUAGGGCGUGGGAAAUGGGGUACUACUUCUAGCGGGUCAGGGAGAAAUCCAGCCGUCGAAGAUUUCGCCAACUUGUAGCCGCAGGGAAGGCGGUCCAUAUGGGGGGGCGGGGUGUUCUUGCCUCUCAGAAAAAAGUAGCUGAAGGCAGAAAGGGCAGAAAUACGGAAAUAGAAGGGACGACGACGACACGGUUAUUCCCCCUAACUGAAGGUGUCACGUCCUAUGUUGCCACUCUGGUAGUUAAUACCACUUUCAACUUUGCCUUUACUCCAGGAAAUGAGACUAUAUACUUUUAAUUCGUAAACGUGAAGUAUUCAGAUAAGUGCAGGAGUCUUAAAACGAUACUUUCAUUUUAGUAAUUAAUCCUUGCCCCUGUUUCAUUUUCGUACUUCACAGGCGUGUCAUAUAGGUUGUGCCACACAAAGAAAUCUUAGCCGAUUAAUAAUGAGUUUUAGUCAAAUCGGUUCCCGUCUGUCUGCCCAAAUCAGCAUACAAGACAAAGCGGCUUUAAAGGGAGAAACAGUUUGUUCUCAUCUUAAACUUAGCUGAUGUACACAUGAGCUGCAGAAGCAAUGAGGACUUGUAUUGCAUUUCAAAAAACUAUUAACAGUGCAAUAAUCUUAUCACUGUAGCUUUUUAGUUGAUGAGACUGCUAUUAACUAGUUGAUGAGACUGCAUUAACUUUUAGUUGAUGAGACUGCAUUAACUAAUUAAUCAACAAAAGGUUGCUGUACUAAAAGCCACCAACUGGAAAUUCAUAUUUGUUAUAAGUAACAAAAGCCACAAGGGGAAGUGUUCCUACUUGAAUUCUAUAUAUCUUAAUCACAAUUGGUAGAGUAAAUGUAACUUUUAAAGUACCGUAUAUACAAUACAAUCAUCCUCUCUCAGCUGGAUAUGGGCCUGUUUUCUAUUUUUAGGAUGCUGACAGGUACAGAGAUACUAACUUUACAAUACACGGUUGUUGCACACUCUGCUUACAAGAUUCUCAUUUCCCAAUAGCAUGUUACAUAAUGGAUUCAUGCUUGAGCUUCUUUGUUCUUUUAUAAUCACACAUUGAUAAUUAUAGCUUCCAUGUCAAAUAUAAAUUCUUGGUGUGCCAAGCACUUAUGCAAUCAUUUCUGCCCCCACCCCUGAGCAUAUUAGUAGCAUUCACACGUAAACAGAAAUGUUACAGAGAAAAAAUACGUUGUUGAAACAGAUUGGCAGAGCCAUCUCAUCAUGAUGGGUGGGCAGAUUUAAUGGUGGAAGAAGCACUGUAUCUGAGUCCCACUGGGCUUUCAUUCAGUUUUCUUUCCCAACAAUUUCAGUGUUCUUGUUUUUUGUCUCAUUUGGUUUUCAGUUUUGCUCCUAUUGAGUCGCAUGGGACAAAUUCCCUACACCAGCUCCAGGGCUGGUGUAGUUUUCUUCUAAUUUGGAGGGUCUAUCCAGGAAAUGGAGACUUUGGAUCCACUGCCUCAUUCAAUCUGCCCUCCCCCAGAUAAUGAGCCAUCUCCUUGCAUCAGAGCACUGGUGCUGCAGAGCUGAAACCUCUGUGGCCACAGCAAAGAGUUCUCAAAGAAUGAAAUUCUCUCUCCACAUUCAUAGUGAGGCAUCUACAAUAUCCUUUGCCCUUGAGAAAGCUUCUCAGUGACCACAGGACUAUGCUUUUCCAUUCAUAAUCUUACUUUUCCUCUGGGUCCCUCUAUCCUUACUGUAUCCAGACCUCUACUGCACUGCUGUUUUAAACCACAAUUUUCCUUGGUCCCUGAGCCAUGGGCAUAGCCAGGAUUUAUUUUAGGGGGGCAGACAUUAUGUUGGGGGGCAGAACCGAGUUAUCUGCAAUGCAAUUGGUCAGUUAAGUAUUUUUAUUUAUUUACUUGAUUUAGGGGGGCAGCUGCUCCCCCUGGCUACACCCAUGGGUCCCUCCAUUCCUACUUUACUCAGAUAUCUGUACUUGUUUAAAACACCCACUUUUUUCUUUCAGGAUUCUUUCCUUCUCACUGUACUCAACCUUUUCCCUCUUCCAUUCCUCAGCUGACUCAUGUGAGAGAGAUAAAGGAUGUGGAGCCCUAAAAUAUUCCAUUGUAUGAAGGUACUUUACGCAAACCUCUGCCAAUGUUCAAAAUUGCUGUUCUCCUUUGUUUCUUCCAUUCCUGCUUUAUUCAGUCGCCUGUUGUUUUGACCCACUACUUUAUCCCUGUCAGUAUCUCUCCCUUCUCACUCCCAUGCCAUGGCCACUGGUGUUAUAUAAUCUGCCUUUUCUUUUGCUCCACUGCCCUGACUUCAUGCAAAUUCAGGAUUGUGAUGAAGCCCAUUGCACGUAGGAAGACAUUCUUCUUUCUUCUGAGUAUACAUGCACUUUACAAUACCUUCCUUUAGUCAGCCUUAAUAUGUAGCUAGCAUUUCCUAUCCCAGUGUACAAAAUCCAAGCCGACUAUUUUGAUGCCAUUUUAUUACAGCAAAUUGAUGUACUCAUUUUCCAACAGCAUAAACACGUUUUGCUAACAGUAUCUUUUUUCCAGGCAGAAAAUCUACUACAACAGUUACAGGAAAACUUUCAAGCACUGACAGACAAAUUACUUCUAAGAAAUAUCCUUUUCAGUUUAUUUUCUAAAACUAAUCACAAAUUCUCCCGAUUGAUCACACUUUUGAAGCCAUUUAUGUAACCUGCUUGAUUUAUAAUUACCAAUUUUUUUUUCCAAAAUAACUGCUUAUGAUUCUAAAAGUUGGAUAAAAAUACAUUCAAAUAUAUUGUAAUAAUUGCUAAAAAGAAAUUGUACUAAUUGCCUGGAACAGUAAUCAGUGAUGGGAAUCCAAUAAAUCUUAUGCAAAUACAUAAGGGAGCCCAGUAGCUCUCAUUUAUUACUUCAGUCCACCAAGGGCCAUUAAAGGGCCAUAGAGAAGCUAUACCAGUCAUUUAUACUGACCAAUGCCAAAACAAAAAUCUUAUGCCUACACAGAAGUAAGUUCCAUUGAAUUCACCGAGCAUGCAUAUAGGAUUGCAGCCUGUUUUCUCAGUCAAAACCACUCUUGACUGGCAUGUCCUUCAGUUUCAUGUCACUUUGAGCAUUAGACAAUACCUGGUGAAAGGGCAAUCUGUCUUUCCACUGCUUGAUUACUAAUGACAAAGAAAACAACCACAAUGCUCUUUAACCUUUUAUUACCAGAUGAAAUGGGCGAGCGCAUAGAUGAUUUAGAGAAGCAUGUUACUGGACUAAUGGCACAAGCUGGGAUAGAAAACACCAGUGAAGAACUAACAGUAAGAUUCUGGCUUUGUAAAAUAAUGUGGUAUUGAUAGUCAUCUGUCUGGGAGUAUAAUAUUUUUGAAACACCAGUUCAGACGAAAACACUCUCAGUGUUCUUUUUGUUUGGGCUGCAGUAAUACAUUACAUUACAUUACAUUGAUUGAUUGACUGACUGAUUGGUUGAAGAUUAAUAGCCACCCUUCAAUGAUAGAUUUAUUGAUAAAAUCCUUUUCAAAACAAAACCUUUUUCUUUCUUAAAAAGACCAGCAAAUAGCUCAACAGAGAAGGCUAAAUCAAUGAUUCAUUUAAAAAAAUUUAAGUCAUGAAUACAUUUUUUACAAACAAAAUUUAAAGUACCUGAACAAACUAGUACAUUUUAUUUAGCUCGUACAUGUCAAAAAUCCUGAGUGUAGGACUGCGCUUCACAGAGAAGGCUCUUCCAUGUCAUUACCAAAUUAGCAUCUCCUAACAAUGGAAAGUGAGGGAAAUCCCCCUCUGCUAAUAUUAAAGCAUGGACAGGCUAAUAGAGGUAGAAGUUAACUCAAGCCAAUGAGAGAAGCAGUUAUUAUAAGAGUGUAUUCAACAACUGAGUACUCAAAAGUGCUUGGGUGUGGAAAAGAAGGUAUGAAUACAUAGUAGUUUAAUUACAAUGCAAAUGUAGGUGAGUUUCUGCAAGACAGAUAACACUCAACUGAGUGUAGGGAAGACAUGCAGUUACAGAUAGUUCAGGGAAACUAAAAUUAAGUAGAUGCAGCAUGUUGCAGAAGAAUGGCAUAGCAGAUGCCUGUUUAGUAUAGCUAAAUAUUCUGUCAUAAGAAUAUUCUGACAUUAUAUUGUUCUAGUACAAAAAAAUUCACCAGAAAAAUGUGUCUACUCAUUCAAUGGCAUUCUUUUCAUUAUAAAUUAGAAGAAUAUGUAAAUGUGUAAUGUGAUAAUGAAAGUCUAUUUAGAGGCCAAAUUCAGGCCUGAUGGUUUCAUUUUCCUAAUUUUAACUCAAGCCUUGUGCUAAUAUUAAUUUUGUGCAGCACUGA